UCAACAUUUCGCUUCCUCAUCGCUCGAUGUCUCACUCCCUCGCUCAAGCCGACGGGCAUGGCCGCGUAUGCAGCGCGCGGCUCGGAAACCAUCGGAGACCGAUGCACUCACCCGCUCACCCGCUAACUCACACGCGUACAUGUACCCACCCGAGCGGCACGCUGCAUCGUACACAUUCCACUUCGGCAUCGAAGCUGACCUCGGCCAUGCCGACCAGGCGCACCAAAGCUCACAAGUCGUCUCGGCACCGGCCUGAUUGAUGUAGCAUAUAACGGCUUGCCCAUCACUCGACGACGGCAGACAUCAAGUCUUCACAACGACCGACAAGCUCACCAACCUACUUCACGAGCCCACAUCACAACCGUCAUUUCCCACAAGUAUAUUCCCACGAGUAUAACCCCGCAAUUUCCCCCAUGUACUUUUACCGGCCCCGCUUCGGUAUCUUCCGUCGCCUUGUAUGGUUCGGCCUCGGCGUUGGCGCUGCCCACUGGUGGAUGCGCAGCAGGGAGCGCCGGCUUGACUCCUCCUGCUACCGCUACCAGCGCCCAAUCGAGGCCCCUCCCACUUCAGCAUAUACAUGGCCGUCCGCCAUGACGCCCGUGAGCCCUCCAGAGGCUCCUACCGUGCAAGAACACAUGACCGAGCAGCCCCAGGAGGAGCGUCGUCGCGGCUGGCGCCGCCACCACUCGGCGCCUGCGCCCGCCAACAACACGUCCGCGCCGCCGAAGUACGAUGCCGACACCCAGGCGGAAAUCGACCGCCUUCAGCGUGCCGCCGAGGCGCUGUGGGAGCAGCGCAAGGCCGAGGCCAUCGAGGCCACCGUGGCCGCCCGCGAGACGGCGCGCGACUUCGCAGUUGAUAACCUCAAGCGUCUCACCGACCUGCUGCAGCGCAUUGGCACCAGCCUGGACGAGGAGAAACGCCGCAACGAGGAGCAGAAGAAGCGCUGGGUGUAACUCUGGCGCCAUUACUCCUGGCCCUCCAUAGCUGCCACUCCCUCCUUUAGAGCCAUAUAUCAUGGCGAUGUAGAUAGAAGCAUAGUAAUGAACCUCUCUUUGAC